GAAUAAAAUAUUGUUAAUCAUUGACCAGCACCACAACCUAGAAUGAAUUCUAUGCGGAAUGGUUACAAUAAUAAAGUGGCUGUAGAAUAUUUCUAUACAAUCGGGAAUGAAUCGUGUCGAGAACAUGGUUCGCCUCACGCGCCCUUAUUCUGUUCUAAAUAUUCAUUACCUAGCAUUCGCACGGGUAGUUGUAGUGUGUUUUCCUCAUGCACCAAUGAAAGUGCAACUACCUUUCCACGAAGAUUUGGGAGACACGUUUCAUCACCACUAAGCGACGUCCCAUCAAGCUAUGUGUCUCCAGUAGUAACAAGCCAUGGAGGCCAUGAGAUAAAGUAUUGGGCGUCUGAGGUGUCAAGUGCAUCGCGCUUGUUGGGCCCUAACCACCUCAGAGAGGCACACGGGUCCAUUAAUGUUGAAAUCGGUACGGAUGCUCAGGACAAUCGAUAUGUUAACUCACCAAGCGUGCAGGAGCGAGACUUAACCCAUUCACUUCUAAAUCGACGAGUUUACCCACCAUCAUUCUACUCCUCGACGCAUUUCAUUCGGUUAUGUGUAACAUAUUUUUGCUUUGUGAAUGCCUUUCUUUCCUUUUUGUUUGCAUGGAUGAUGUUUAGGCAGCAUGUCGCCUUUUCAUUAGUUUCAGUGAGGCAGAACUGGAAUUCGUCCGCCAGGUCACGCGCCUGUGCUUUUGCAGGUUUCUAUUACCUUUUGAUGUACUUCCUGUUGCUUACCGAUUGUGUCUGGACAUUUCCGUCACUUAUUUACCAGUGUAUUAUUUUUGUAUAUAUGUUUAUCCAACAUUCGCGUAUGGCACAUUUUCUUCGAUACUAUCGGCAUCAUCUAUUCCAUUCCGCAGAUUUGGUCAUCGGGGAAGCAAAUGGUUUCGAACUUGUAAGUAUACCUCCAAAGUCACGGAAAAAGGUCAUAAGGACGUCAGCAAGCCCUAGGGUCGGGUUGAAGUUACGUGAGCGUUUGCGAAUUCCUUCUAAGUAAUCAGGGCCUGGAUCUGUUAUCGAAUAUAUGCGUUAUAUUUCCAAACGCCAUUUACGUAAUUUUUCAGCGAGAUUUUUAUCAGGAGAAUUGGCUUAGCCGGGAUAUGAUUUUUGACAGUAUUGUGGUCUCCAUUUUUAAUGUCAUUUGAUUCUUUAUUAGGCAAUACUAAUACGCACUUGUUUACCUAAUACACUGCCUGGGUACUCUAAUGGGAUGCGCAUUGUAUUUAUACUCAGAAAGGAAUCCAUUCUACUGUAUGAUUUAACAGUUGUGUGAGUUUUUAGUCUUUUUAUUGCUUAAUCGUCUUUACUAAUAUGCACUUCUUGUUU